AUGCUCAUCACAACGCCAGUUGACAACUCUGUAAUGCUCAUCACAACGCCAGUUGACAACUCUGUAAUGCUCAUCACAACGCCAGUUGACAACUCUGUAAUGCUCAUCACAACGCCAGUUGACAACUCUGUAAUGCUCAUCACAACGCCAGUUGACAACUCUGUAAUGCUCAUCACAACGCCAGUUGACAACUCUGUAAUGCUCAUCACAACGCCAGUUGACAACUCUGUAAUGCUCAUCACAACGCCAGUUGACAACUCUGUAAUGCUCAUCACAACGCCAGUUGACAACUCUGUAAUGCUCAUCACAACGCCAGUUGACAACUCUGUAAUGCUCAUCACAACGCCAGUUGACAACUCUGUAAUGCUCAUCACAACGCCAGUUGACAACUCUGUAAUGCUCAUCACAACGCCAGUUGACAACUCUGUAAUGCUCAUCACAACGCCAGUUGACAACUCUGUAAUGCUCAUCACAACGCCAGUUGACAACUCUGUAAUGCUCAUCACAACGCCAGUUGACAACUCUGUAAUGCUCAUCACAACGCCAGUUGACAACUCUGUAAUGCUCAUCACAACGCCAGUUGACAACUCUGUAAUGCUCAUCACAACGCCAGUUGACAACUCUGUAAUGCUCAUCACAACGCCAGUUGACAACUCUGUAAUGCUCAUCACAACGCCAGUUGACAACUCUGUAAUGCUCAUCACAACGCCAGUUGACAACUCUGUAAUGCUCAUCACAACGCCAGUUGACAACUCUGUAAUGCUCAUCACAACGCCAGUUGACAACUCUGUAAUGCUCAUCACAACGCCAGUUGACAACUCUGUAAUGCUCAUCACAACGCCAGUUGACAACUCUGUAAAGCCCAUCACAACGCCAGUUGACAACUCUGUAAUGCUCAUCACAACGCCAGUUGACAACUCUGCCAAUAAAAUUUCAAUUUUAAUAUCGGGAACACAUUGA